AUGGCCCCGCUUGAUUCUCCAAUCCCUGUGACGAUCAUCGCGGGCUCCUUCGGCGUGGGGAAGACCACGGCCUGCAACCAACUGCUGGAGCUCUUGGCCUCCAAAGAGCGCAGCGUGGCAGUCAUCACACACCGCUUUGCAGAAGAGUACGCCUGUCAGCCUUUGCUCAUCAAUUCCUUUUGCUGCAGCUUGUUGGAGGAGGUAUAUGACUACGGCAGCGGUUGCCUCUGCUGCACGCCGGGUGGUGAGCUGAACCAACGCUUGAACAGUAUGAUUUCUUGGGGUGAGCGAUACGACCAUGUGCUGAUCCGGACUGGUCCUGCUGCUGAUCCCCUGAUCUUCGCGGAUGCUGUCCAACGAAGCAGUGCGUACAAGAUUGCUGGAAUAGUGACCGUGAUUGAUGCUACUGGGCCUUGCUUCGAAGAUCAGCUUCUGUCAGGGGCUUCACUUGACCAGUUAAGUGCUGCUGAUGUCCUCCUGGUUCGAUCGAAGGAUCAAGAUGCCAGCCAGUGCUUGGCUGCCCUGAAGCUGAAGGAUGCGCCCAUUCACAUGUGGAAGAAUCCACUGAGCGAAGCAGACAUUGGAUUGUUGACCUGCCGUUCCCCUCACAGAGAAUAUGUGUGCAAGCCGUCAAGCCUGGUCCCGAAUCUCAUGGCUAGCCACGAAACUACAUUGCGAGCCGUCCAGAUCGUGGAAAAUGGUGCUGUUUCGAACGUGGACGUUUGCAAGGCUUGGAUGAUGAACUUGAUGAACCAGGGCUUCUGCAUUCGCUUGAAGGCAGUGUUGCCUGUGGCAACUCCUUCGGGGAGCCAGUCGUUGUUGGUCAAUGCAGUCCGGGGCAAACCAGCAGAAUUUCAGCUUGUUGCAGAGGCACCACCCCAAAUCUACAUGGGUGACCUGCCAGUCCUGGUGGGUAUGCGUGACAUAGAUGCUGACGAGCCGAUGUGUCGCAUCUUUAUCCUGUUGGGCCCGCCGUCGGUGAAGGGCUUGGGUGAUAUGCCUGAGUCGCUGUUACUGAAAUGCGACGCACCGCUGCGGCGAGACUUACUUGCUUCAGCUUCUUCGAAGUUGUUGUACAGGGAGAUAUGGAACGUGCAGGGUAUUCUUGCCCGCAUGCAUUCUUCCUUGACGCACAUUUUCGCUCCGAAGGAGUGCAUCGCGCUUUUCCUGGCACUGCGCUUGAAUGUGCUUUGCCAAACCAGAGACACACGAGUGCUGGGCAAAACUAUAGAGGGGGCGCCCAAGAAGAGCCGUCUAACUUCGUCGGACAUGCUCCGCGAUCGCUUGAACAAGGAGUUCGAGCAGAUCUACAACCUGGCUUUGACUCUAACGGUGGAGAAUGAUCAUGCUACCGUUGUCCGUGCUGGCACCCCGGAGGUCAAGAAUGGCUUCCACUCGCCCUCAGCCGGUGGAUAUUGCGAUCUCAAGCUCUUCCUGCUCAUCGCUCACGACAAACCGGAGGACGGCGGAACCGAUGGGUCCAAGGUGUGCCACAUCUGCGAGCUCCAAGUCCACCUGAAGCAGUUCUUGGCGUGCAAGAAAUUUACUCACCUGCCGUACGUCAUCGACCGCGGCGACUUCGAUCAGACAUGA